GGUAUAAUCUAUCCCAGAUCCUUUCCCAGAGAGAAACUUGGCGAUCACGUUUUCACAUGAUGCUCACGCUCAGGGCGCUUCAAUUAUCCCUCCCCACAAAGAUAGGUGGCGCGUGUUUCAGGGUCUCUCUCUCUCCUACAGAAAAGAAAAAGAAAAAAAUGUCAUUAGAAGAGGCGUAACACGUCAGUCCGUCCCCAGGUUUGUGUUUCCUGGAGUGGCCGAAAGAGAUCAGUUCUAACCUGCUCCGCAGGAAUAACGGUCCUGCCUCCCGACACUCUUGGCGAGGUUUUGUACAGUUUGCUCCGGGAGCUGUUUCUUCGCUUCCACCUUUUUCUCCCCCACACUUCGCGGCUUCUUCAUGCUUUUUCUUCUCACCAUUUCUGGCCAAAACUACAAACAAGACUUCGCAGAUCGAGCCUGCGUGCUGCCGAAGCAGGGCGCCGAGUCCAUGCGAACUGCCAUCUGAUCCGCUCUUAUCAAUGAAGCAGCCGAUCAUGGCGGAUGGCCCCCGGUGCAAGAGGCGCAAACAAGCCAAUCCCAGGAGGAAAAACGUGGUGAACUAUGACAAUGUAGUGGACACGGGUUCUGAAACCGACGAGGAGGACAAGCUUCAGAUUGCUGAAGAGGACGGGAUUGCUAACCCUCUGGACCAGGAGAGGAGUCCAGCUAGCGUGCCCAACCAUGAGUCCUCCCCUCACGGGAGCCAGGCUCUAUUGCCAAGAGAGGAAGAGGAAGAUGAGAUAAGAGAGGGUGGAGUGGAACAUACCUGGCACAACAACGACAUUCUCCCAGCCUCUGUAGAUGGUCCAGAAGAAAUGAAGGAAGACUAUGACACUAUGGGGCCGGAAGCCACGAUCCAGACCACAGUUAACAAUGGUACAGUUAAGAAUGCAAAUUGCACAUCAGACUUUGAGGAAUACUUUGCCAAAAGAAAACUGGAGGAACGCGAUGGCCAUGCAGUCAGCAUCGAAGAGUACCUUCAGCGCAGUGACACAGCCAUCAUUUACCCAGAAGCCCCUGAGGAGCUGUCUCGCCUUGGCACGCCAGAGGCCAAUGGGCAGGAAGAAAAUGACCUGCCACCUGGAACUCCAGAUGCUUUUGCCCAACUGCUGACCUGCCCCUACUGCGACCGGGGCUACAAGCGCUUGACAUCACUGAAGGAGCACAUCAAGUACCGCCACGAGAAGAAUGAAGAGAACUUUUCCUGCCCUCUGUGUAGCUACACGUUUGCCUACCGCACCCAGCUCGAGCGGCAUAUGGUGACGCACAAGCCAGGGACAGAUCAGCACCAAAUGCUGACCCAAGGAGCAGGUAAUCGCAAGUUCAAAUGCACAGAGUGCGGCAAGGCCUUCAAAUAUAAACACCAUCUGAAAGAACACCUGCGAAUUCACAGUGGUGAAAAACCGUACGAGUGCCCCAACUGCAAGAAACGUUUCUCCCACUCUGGUUCCUACAGUUCACACAUCAGCAGCAAGAAAUGUAUUGGCUUAAUCUCUGUAAAUGGCCGGAUGAGAAACAAUAUCAAGACGGGUUCUUCCCCUAAUUCUGUUUCUUCUUCUCCUACUAAUUCAGCCAUUACCCAGUUAAGAAACAAAUUGGAGAAUGGAAAACCACUUAGUAUGUCUGAACCAACAGGCUUACUUAAAAUUAAAACAGAACCACUAGACUUCAAUGACUAUAAUAAAGUUCUUAUGGCCACACACGGGUUUAGUGGCACUAGUCCCUUUAUGAAUGGUGCCCUUGGAGCCACCAGCCCUUUAGGAGUUCAUCCGUCUGCUCAGAGCCCGAUGCAGCACUUAGGUGUAGGGAUGGAAGCCCCUUUACUUGGAUUUCACACAAUGAAUAGUAAUUUAAGCGAGGUACAAAAGGUUCUACAGAUUGUGGACAACACAGUUUCCAGGCAAAAAAUGGACUGCAAGGCUGAAGAAAUUUCCAAGUUGAAAGGUUAUCACAUGAAGGAUCCAUGCUCUCAACCUGAGGAACAAGGAGUUACUUCUCCUAAUAUUCCACCCGUAGGUCUUCCAGUAGUGAGUCAUAAUGGUGCCACUAAAAGUAUUAUCGACUACACGUUAGAAAAAGUCAAUGAAGCCAAAGCUUGCCUCCAGAGCUUGACUACUGACUCAAGGAGACAGAUCAGUAACAUAAAGAAAGAGAAGCUACGUACUUUAAUAGAUUUGGUCACUGAUGACAAAAUGAUUGAGAACCACAACAUAUCCACUCCAUUCUCCUGCCAGUUCUGUAAAGAAAGUUUUCCUGGCCCCAUUCCUUUGCAUCAGCAUGAACGUUACCUUUGUAAGAUGAAUGAAGAGAUCAAGGCAGUCCUACAACCCCAUGAAAACAUAGUCCCCAACAAAGCCGGAGUUUUUGUUGAUAAUAAAGCCCUCCUCUUGUCAUCUGUACUUUCUGAGAAAGGAAUGACAAGCCCCAUUAACCCGUACAAGGACCACAUGUCUGUACUUAAAGCAUAUUAUGCUAUGAACAUGGAGCCCAACUCUGAUGA